GAUGAACAAAAAAAAAAAAAAAAGAAGGAAAGAAACAUGGCAAUCGGUUCAUAAAAUUCAAAUUCGUCCAAAUACAAAAAUUCCCGCCAUUUCGAAGCGGAUCCACGAAGGCGCCAACUUCCGCGGGAUUUACUUGGGCAGUUCAACAAGAAGAGCAGAUUAAAAUAAAAGUUGAUAAAAAGCAGCAUAAAACAUCCAACUAGAAUCCUGUCCUGGAAAUAAUUUCACUAUUCUGUACUGCAAUUAUUCAUAAUCCUCUAGACUACAUUAAAAUGGAGAACGAAGCGAGUAAUGAGAUUUUCAAGUCAGAUGGCCUCAAUAAGUGGACUGAUUUUUCAUCUGUCAAAAUGCAUCUCAAGACAACUUUACAAUGUCUUCAGAAGAAACAUAAAAGACUGACCUUGAAGAAAGUUCAGCAUUUAGAGAAACUAUUUAGCAAUGUACUUGGUCACCACAGAAGCAGUGUAAAAGAACUUGAGGCGAAUAUAAUAGCUAUAGCACCGCAUGCAUUUAAUGAUCAUACCAUGUGUAAAGGAACUUGGUGUGAUGAAUUACAAAAAAAUGUCAGCCAGGAAGGCAAAAUCAGCUUCAGUAAAAGACAUCUCAUCAUGGAUUUAAAAGACACAUUCUCUACUUUGGCUUACAAGUCAUGUGAACUUGUAAAGUCUUCUCAGAAUGUGAAUAAAAAAGCAGAUACUGUUAAUAUAACACAAAAGAAUAAUUCAGAUGUACUAAAGGAAAUCCAGCCACAUCAGCCAGCAAAUGACAAGAAGAAGAAGGAAGUUAAUGUUGUAAGCAAUGAUGCCGUUCAAGACAGUAAACCAUUUAAAAACUUGAAACCAUCACAGAAGUGUAAGAGGAAUAGGAGUGAAAAAAGUGAUUAUGAACCAGUACAGAAGAAAAAAAGGGUCCACAGCAUGCCAGAUACUGGAAAAAAUACCAAAGAAAACAAAAAAAUUGAAGUACCCAGUACAACUACAACAACUACAAAAUGCUCAAAGAAAACACAAUGCAAGGUAAAGAAGCCAAAGCUAGAGGAAAUGGAUAUAAAUGAUUUGCAGAGUCAUAGCAAGGUCUUCUUUGACUUGGAGACUACAUCCUUUAGGAAUGACUGUGGUAUUGUACAGAUUGGGGCAACAGACAAAAAUGAGGAAUUCAGCAUUUAUGUAAUACCAAACCAAAGAAUAGACCCAAGAGCUUCAGCAGUUACAGGCCUAACUUUUGAACAGCAGACAUUGAAAUACAGAGGCAAGCCUGUAUAUGCAGUUACUCGUUCAGAAGCACUUCACAAAUUCCUGGAGUGGAUACAGUUAAGAUCACCUGUUGUUUUGUAUGCCCACAAUGCUACAUUUGAUUACAGGAGAUUGUUUUAUGCAAUUAAAGAGGAAAACCUUGUAGAUAGUUUUAAGCAACACAUCUUGGGUUUUGUAAAUACAUUAGUUCAGUUUAGGGUAAUAUUCCCAAAUCUCCCAAACUAUAAGCAAAGUACAGUAGUGCAAAUGGUUCUUAAGAAAACAUAUGAUGCUCAUAAUGCUUUGGGAGAUGUAAAGGCUUUGAUGGAACUGUACAAUGUUUCCAAAUCAGAUGUUAUAUCCAAGGGCUCCGUUACAUUUUCCUCAGCUUAUGAGAGUUGGUUCUAUGAUAUUCAUGGUCAAAAGAAAGCUGUGGCCUUUUGAUGAAAAUGUAUUUGUUAACUAUGUAAGUAAUAACCUGAGAUAUUGUAUGUAUUAUUAAGUAGUAGCAUGUCUUUUACAAAUAAGAAAGAUGUAGUUUCAAGUUUUAUGCCAGAAUAUUAUCAGCUUUGAGGUUUUCUUAAUAAUAAUUUAUGAUAUAUGUGUGCCAUUUAAAAUGAUUCUUUGAUAUUAAAGCACCAGGUGUUUUGUAAUUAUUUGAUAAUAUGAAAAAUAUCAGAAUAAUGAUCACAAAUGUGUCCAUGAAAGAUUCCUUAUUUUAGGGAGAUGCAGGUAAAAUAUGACAUGAAUUGUACUGUCACUUAUAAGAGAAUAUUAUAUUUUAGAAGAAAUCAUCUAGUCUCAUCUUUUUAUUAUAAUCUAUAUUGGUAAUAAUUUGUAAGGUAAGUGACAGUUGCAUAUAUAUUCUGUCCAAAUUAAACCCAUCUAUGUAUGGUCAUGUCAUGCCUACUGUGUUGAGUUUAUUAAAUGUCUUUAUAGACAAAUGGCUCAUCAAAUACAUAAUCACAAUUAGUUAGUUACUGGUUCUUCCUCUAUCACCUAUUUACCCUUUUCCUUGAUUUUUAGGAAUAUUUUCUUUUAUCUUAUACUGCUAUUAGUAAUUUUAAGAACAUUAUAAUAAUUGUAAUGUCAAUAAAAAUAACAGUAUCUUGCUUUGUUGUUGGAUUUCUUGGCUAUCAACUAGCAGCAUAUGACCAUGUUAACAUAGCCAGCUAAGAUCAUUUAUUAUUAAACCAAUGGAUCCUAUUCAUUAUCUCAAUCUUGAAAGGGUCAUAAAGUUUUGAAUGUAAAGAGCCAUGGGACAGGAAUACUAAAUUAUGACAUUUUGAGUCAAACUGGACUCACUGUCAGACAUUCAAACUGAAAUGGAUUUGAUCCAUUCAGGUUUUAUCAUUCCUUGUUCCAUAAUGUUUUUCUCUUACUUUAGCUGUGUUUAAUUUUACCUUAGUUUAUAGUCCAUGUUACUGUGUUUAUAUAGGUUUAUUAUUGAUAUGUUUCCUCUAGUACCUGCAGCAUACAAAGCAGUUGCAUUAGAAUAGCAUGUGUCUUAUUUUAAAACUAAAAAUAUUUUCCAUAAAUGUAUAUUGCAUCAUUAAUACAAUUUAUCAACCAAAGUUCUUUGUGCAAUACAAUGCAUGCAUUCUCACAUUGAUUAGAUGUUUUUCUAUAUCUUUUUAUUGGUUGUCAUUAUAUAGUAUAUUAUAUAUUGUUAGCUUUAAAAAAAUAUGUAUAAAUAUAUAAUGCUUGCACAAAAUAUAGAAUAAAAAAAACUUGGUAAUUUUCUUCUUUCCAGUAAGUGUUAAUAUUAAUGGCUAAAGUAGUAUAUAACAUGUAAAUAAUCACAUUUAACAAUUGGGGCAUUACUGUAACAGAAUGGGAGAUGGUGAUAUUUAUGUAUAAAAAAAUAAUCCAAAAGCUAUAUUUAUAUGUGAAAAAUAAACUAUAACAAUGACAUUUAUACUGAAAAAAUCUACAUAAGUUAUACUUUUAAGGAAAAAAAAUAUUUUGUAAAAGUGAUACAUGUACAAAAAUCAUCUAUAGGUAUUUAAUAAUCUAAAACUGUCAGCAAAAAAGUGGCAAAAGCAGAAAAAAAUUGUUUUGAAUGUAUAUAUAGAGUA